AUGGUUAGUCUGAACUCUGAUCGGACAACCUCACCAACCUUCUUCCACACACAUCUCCGCUGGUAUCAGCAACCAAAGAAUCCACCACCUGCUCUCAGGAGCUCCUGGUAUCAAAAACUUGAGCUCACUGGUCCAGCAGCGCGUCCUUGGUCGAACAAUGUUGUCGCGCAAGCAGUUCCUGCAACGCUGAGUAUAUGA